AUGCGAGGCACUGGGCGCUCACACCUUAUUGACCUCUGUCCAACUGUUGUAAUGGGCGACUCAGUCCUUGACCGGAUUGUUGACUGCACCCAUUUUGAGAAGAUUAAGAUUGUUGAGGAUCUCCGCAAGGAAACACAUUGGCCUGUCAAUGAUGAUCUGGCCAGGGAGGUGAUUUCUCUAAUCCACCACAUCAUUCCAAUUUCACUCUACACCACUGCCCCUCUACAACAGCGCCCUCUAUCUACCACCGCACUAAACAAUGGGUCAGCUCAACAUCCAGUCCUUGCUCCCCCCAAUGGCAUGAGAAAGGUGUCAAAAUGCAGCGCUUGCGGCCAGCCUGGCCAUCACAAACGUGGGCGUGUUUGUCCCAUGCACCCAUCGAGGACAUCUUCUGCAGCUGGGAAGGAGAAUGAAGUUAAAUCCGAGCGUCUUGCAAGAAUGGUGAAUUCUGAUAAUCAAGUGCAGAGCACAUCAAAUCCGAACUCUCAGCGUCUUGCAGGAAUGGUGAAUUCUGAUAAUCAAGCGCAGAGCACAUCGAAUUCGAACUCUCAGCGUCUUGCAGGAACGGUGAAUUCUGAUAAUCAAGUGCAGAGUGUUGGUCAACCGUAA